GGAAGACUCCACAACUAAGGAUAUAACAGCGUCACGCCGGGACAGCAACCUCCCACUGUUUCUUUGGAGCGUAAACCUUCCCGGUUUAGCUUCACAAGAUGGACCUGAGGGUAACAAGCAUUCUCCUCGUCCUCCUAGCUUUGGCUGAGGCAACCCCUGACAGGUACUACCAUGUGCCAAAAGUGGCCAAGACUCCCUAUCCCGUCAAGAGUCAUGCCGUCGUAGGGGAGACAGGUCCUCAAGGUCCUCCAGGUGAGCCAGGACCAAUGGGACCACCUGGACCUCCUGGAAAGAGUGGUGUAGGACAUACUGGACCAAAAGGCCCACCAGGACCUCCUGGACCCCCUGGCUACUCCCAAGCAGGUAAACCUGGUCCCCCAGGUGGCCAUGGAAAACCAGGUAGCCCUGGUAUUCCUGGUGAGAGAGGUGCAACUGGUGCAACUGGACCAAUGGGUCCCAGAGGUGCACCUGGUACGCCUGGAACACCUGGACCUGCUGGACUUUCUUCUGUUGGAAAACCUGGACCUGCUGGCUUCCCUGGGUCAAUGGGACCAAGAGGAGAGCCUGGUCUGAAGGGACAUCCUGGUAUUCCUGGUCUUCCUGGCGCCAAAGGAGAGAGAGGCAUUGGAGUUCCUGGGGUUCAAGGACCAUCAGGCCCAGUUGGACCAAUGGGCCCAUCUGGUAUGCCAGGCAAACCUGGAGAAGGUAAAACUGGUGCCCCUGGCUAUCCUGGAGAACCUGGCAAAAGUGGCUCGCCAGGAAGAGAUGGUAGUCCUGGGCCAAUGGGUAUGCCAGGGCCAAAGGGUCACACAGGUGCUCCAGGCACAGGAGCACCAGGUAAACCAGGUCAGAAUGGUACCCCAGGUAUGCCUGGACCUAUGGGGGCUAAAGGUCCACAGGGUCCUGCUGGUCAGCCAGGCUCCCCUGGCAUGCCAGGUGUUGGAAAAACGGGUGAACCUGGAAUACCAGGUAGCAGAGGUGCUCCUGGUACUUCAGGAACCACUGGUCAGAAAGGAGAGCCAGGCCCAACUGGUUUUACUGGUCAACCAGGUGCUCCUGGUCCUAUUGGCCCAGCUGGUCCACAAGGUGCAAGAGGGUUCCAAGGUGAGGCAGGCCCACAAGGACCCAAAGGCGAUAUUGGUAUGGUAGGUGCACCAGGCCCCAGGGGAACCAAAGGUGAGCAGGGAGCUCAGGGUUUCACUGGAUCACCAGGUAGCCCUGGGGCUGUAGGUCCUCCAGGAACUCCAGGUCAUAAUGGUCCUCAGGGUCCAAAGGGCGCACAAGGCCAUGCUGGUGCCCCAGGACUUCCAGGUUCAAAUGGCGCCCCCGGACCAAAAGGACACACAGGCCCCGGAGGAGCACCAGGAAAAAGUGGUGAGAACGGAAGGCCAGGACCCAUGGGACCAAGCGGGCCCCCCGGUCCAUCAGGUCCUCCUGGGCUUAAGGGACAUCCAGGUCUUCCAGGCCCACCUGGUCCAGCUGGCUUGACAGCUAAGGGAAUUUCUGGUCCUCAGGGGCCACCUGGAAUUCCAGGUGCCAGAGGUCAAGAUGGUCACCCAGGACCUUCCGGUCCUCCUGGUCCACCUGGCCCUCCAGGAGAGAUAGUUUACCACCAUGAGAAGAGCAUGCCAAUCAAGUCCCACGAGGUUGUGAUGACUCAUGAGAUGAUGAAGGCCCCCAUGUCCGCCUUCAGUGCUGUGCUGACUACGGCUUACCCUCCAGCUGGAACCCCUAUUCAGUUCAACCAUGUUCUGUACAAUGGGGAGCACCAUUAUGACCCAAACAGUGGUGUGUUUACCUGCCAGAUCCCAGGUCUCUACUAUUUCAGCUAUCAUAUGCAUGUCAAUGGUGCCAAUGCACUGGUGGCCCUCUACAAAAACGAGGAGCCACUAGUUUUCACCUAUGAUGAGUACAACAAGGGCUUCCUCGAUCAGAUGUCAGGCAGUGCUGUUCUUAUGCUGCAGGGUGGUGACAGAGUCUAUAUCCAGGUCCCUGAUGAGGAGAGUAAUGGUAUAUUUGCAGCAGAUAAUGUUCACUGCUCAUUCUCUGGGUUCUUGAUUGCCUCAACGUGAUUUCACAAAUCCAAAUAAACCUCAAAAUCUUACAAAACAUUGAACUACUCAGAGAAUUACUUCCAAAUUCCAAAUUGAGAUUGUAGAUUAAAGAAAAAUAUGGUUGUACUUUUACCAAGUUUAACAGCCUUAUUUGAAUCUCUACAACAAUAAAAAGGUCUUCAAUUUGCUAACUAAUGACUUGACUGAAAGAGGUAUUAAUUCUGAGUAAAUUUUUUAAAUAUAUAGGUCAAAUUGAUCCCUUUCCCCAGUUCACCGUAUGUGCCUGCAAUUUUAAGAAACAUUAAACAAUAUUGGACGAUAUCGUAAGUGGUGCUUUACAACUGCCUGUAACAUUUACAGCAUGUCUUUUAUUUGUGUUUGUUUUUAUUAAUGUCUGUUGUUUAAGAAUUUUCCUGUAAUAUACAAGACACACAAAACUGUUAUACUAUGUUAUUAGACCAUCAGCACAUUCUCACAAGCACUGUGACCAGCCAAACAACACAGAAUGAGAAAUUCAAACUGCAUUUUUUUUUUCAAAACAACUACAUCCCAUUGGAUAUGUUAAGUUAUGUACAACUUAUUGACCAAAACACAGAAUAAAAGUUCUAGUUUGAAAAAGAAUUGUUUAUUGUGUAUGUUGUUCCCCUUAACUGUAUGGGUCUUUGACGUUAAGACAUUAGA